AUGGCUUCAAAUGGCGAUGAUUGGAUCCGUCAUCGCAAACUCACAGCGCCAUGCUUCAACGAGCGAGCCUCAGCCACGGUGUGGAACGAAGCUCUGCAACAGUCGAACAACAUGAUCGAGCGUUGGCUCUCAUCACCAGACGGAAGGACAAACAGCAUGAUCAAGGAUACCAGUACACUGGCGCUCAACGUCAUCUCUUCGGUCGCUUUCGAGAAUACAGAAGUCAAUGAACCGACAUCAAGUCACCAACUGUCACUUCGCGAUGCACUCGUAAAGGUGAUGAGUACUUCGAUCUCUCCGGCUAUACAGAGUAUCAUGCCACUCUUCAAAUCGCCCGUACUCGGAUCGCUACUUCCAACUAGUACCAAGAGAUUGUUACUUGCCAUGCGUGAGUUCCGGCAAUACAUGGACGAAACUGUCGUAAGGGAGCGAUCAAAAGUGGCCGGCGGGCAACCCAAAGCUGCUACACUCAUCAGCACGCUGGUCAGGGCCAACGACGAAAUUAAGAAUGAAAGUGGACCGUCGAAGUCCAAACUCUCGGAUGUUGAGCUCAGAGGCAAUAUCUUCAUCUUCACGGUUGGUGGACUAGAGUCUACGUCUAUCACGCUAUCACAUGCAUUGGCUUUACUGGCUGUGUACCCUGAGAUCCAAGACUGGGUAGUGGAAGAGCUGGAUGAAGUAUUGAAAGAUGAAGCAGCUGAUGAGAUGGAGUAUGCAAGAGUAUUCCCGCGACUGAAGAGGGUUAUGGCCGUCAUGUCCUUCACCGCCUCUUCCGCGCUCGCCUUUCCCUGCACAUCUCCAACGUAUUAUUCCAACGACUGGGUCAAACUCUGA